AUGCCGUCGGAAAUCUGCCCCAAAUGUCAGAAGGCUGUGUAUGCCGCUGAGAAGAAGAUUGCUGGUGGAAAAGCAUGGCAUAGCAUGUGCUUAAAAUGCGGUUUGUGCAACAAAAUGUUGGACAGUACCACAGUGGCCGAGCAUGAAGGCGAGGUGUUCUGCAAACAAUGCCACGGUCGUAAAUUCGGACCUAAAGGAUACGGUUUUGGUGGCGGUUCCGGUGCCCUGAACAUGGACAGCGGUGCACACUUGGGCAAUGUCGGCACUGAGAUGAGCAACAAGCCAACCACGGCUGGAACUGGCGGUGCUGUGAUUCCACCUGAACAAGGCGGUUGCCCACGUUGCGGAAAGCGGGUCUAUGACGCCGAAAAAGCUAUUGGUUGCCCAAGCGGACUGAACUUCCACAAAGCUUGCUUCCGUUGCAAAACCUGUGGCAAAUCACUGGAUUCGACCACUUUGUGCACACAGAAGGAAGAAAGGGAGAUCUAUUGCAAAGCAUGUUACGGAAAGAACUUCGGACCCAAAGGAUUCGGUUUCGGCCAGGGUGCUGGUGCCCUCAACAUGGGUUAA